AAUAUAUUUGGGGUAACUUUAAUUUAAUUUUGUUAAUCUCCAGUAUAAAAAAAGAAAAUAGAGUAGCGCACCAAAUUUGCCAUUUGAACAUUGCGUUCAAUCUAGUCUAGGCUUGUCUCCCGUUCUGCUGAAAGAACAUCCCUCGGCAAGUCUGUAUGGCACAACGCACUCUGCCAUUUUCCAUUUGAGCUUCUUCUUUUCCAUAGAGUGAGAGUGAGGGGACAACAAAUUUGCCUAGCCAAAUUAAUUUAUAUCAGCUAAGGUUACCCAUUAGACAAGAAAAACAUCACUUGUUAGUUGCUGUUUUUGAUUAUAUGGGGAAAUUUGGUAAGCAGGAAUUGGGUCUUGACAAGUAUGAUAAGGUAAGAACUGCGAUUGAGAUUGGCAGAGCAUUGGAAAGAUGUGUUGAUGUGGAUGAAGAUUAUGUCGACUUCUUAGUAUUAUUUAUAAAUUAUGCACAACAAAAGGAGGCUGGAGUUGCUGCCUAUGGUGGGGAAAAACCUAGUAGUGAUGUUGAAGAAGAUGACCCCGAUUAUAUGACUUUCUUGGCUAACACUAAGCCACAUGGGGGAUCAUAUGUUUUUCAAGCUACUGAUCAGAAUGGGUUGCCCGUUUUAGUUGAAUAUGAGAAAGACAGGGAGUCGGAGAUUCAUCGAGUUGAAAAGGGUCAGGGUAAUGAAUUGGUCAGAAAGAAUAGGAUUGUUGAAAAGCAGAAGAUGAAAGAUGGGAGUUUUUUGCGCAAGAAACCACGAUACAAUGAAAGGGAUUUAGAUGACAGGACACGUAGAUUUGAUGUGAAGAUUGUAUCUGGUAACGAGCAGAAGAUUAAAGAUGGGAUUUUGAGCGAGAAGCGACGAAAUGAGGAUAGGGAUUUAGAUGACAGGUUGCAGAGAGUUGAUGUGAAGAUUGUACCUGAUAAGGAGCAGAAGAUUCAGAAUAAUAGCAAAUUCAUGGACGUGGAAGUAAAAAUAGAAGAAGAUUCUGUUGCUCUUGAGGAGGCAGUAGCCGAAAGUGAAGUAGAAAUCCUUGAGAAUGUAAGUGCAGAGCUAGGCAGGGGCAGCAGCUUUAACCCCUUUGUACCUGCAGUUCAACAUCUGGAUGCGACAAUCAGAGAUUCUGGGUAUAGGAAGGAGUGUCUGAAUUUAUUGAUGAGGCCGUAUGAUGAAGAGGAGUAUACGAAGCUUUGGAAAGACAUUAAGAUGCAAUUACCAUCUAGCUCAACAAAUGAACGUGGGAAAUCCCUUCUAUCACUACAUAAAGCUCUUGAGGAGGCAAUAUCCGAAAGUGAAGUAGAAAUCCUUGAGAAUGUAGGUGCAGAGCUAGGCAGGGGCAGCAGCUUUAACCCCUUUGUACCUUCAGUUCAACAUCUGGAUGCGACAAUCAGAGAUUCUGGGUAUAGGAAGGAGUGUCUGAAUUUAUUGAUGAGGCCCUAUGAUGAAGAGGAGUAUAAGAAGCUUUGGAAAGACAUUAAGGUGCAAUUACCAUCUAGCUCAACAAAUAAACGUCGGGAAUCCCUUCUAUCACGACAUAAAGCUGUCAAUCGGGCAAUCAAAAGGACCAAUCAUGACAAGGAUAAAAAGUUGAAUAUCAUGCGCGGAUUUUUCUUUUGGUUAGAGCAUCUAACUCGGCAAGAUGCAUUCCAGCCUUGGAAGGAUGCAGAAUGUCUCCAGACGAUGCCUGGAUCUUCCUAGAAGUGUUACUUUUUCCCAAUCAUCAAUAUCAAUGUGUGCCAUAAAAACAAGUGAUACAAGACAACCAACAACUAUGCCUCGGUCCCAAAUAAGUUGGGUCAACUAUAUGGAUCCUCAUUGACCAUAUUUCCUUGUUUAAUCUCAACUCAUGGCAUCAUCUUACUGAUAGAAGAAGAAAGCCAAAAGUUUAUAUUUCAAUUACUUAUAACAUUUUUUGUUGUGCACGAUCCAUUUGGGAGAAGUUUUCAAGACGGAGAGAGAGAAGAUCAUAUACAUACUAUAGAAGAGAAGGUGAAAGUUUCAUAUACAUUCUGAGAACUGCAUUUUUCGCUACUCCUUGUUUCAAUAUAGUCUGCAUUGUUACCUGAAUUUACUGGUUUACAUCUUCCAUUUGACCAUUGUAAUUGAACCCAACUCUUGGUUUCCCCAUGCUGAAGUUAAGAACUCUUGCAUUCAUGUUG